UCUUCGACGUGUCACUCAGGGCUCCUGUCAUCCACAAAGUAAAUCACAGAGAAUUUAAAGGAACCUAUUCCAGCUCAAUUGGACUGGAGACAUGACCAAAGAGACUGAGACUCUGGGAGUGGUCUUUCAGAGCGAGAACUUCAACUAUAACCGUUACAACACAAACUACACCAUGGACCCCUGGUCGUACCUGGAUAGCCCCAUGCCCGAGGAGAACCUGGCCAAACCCAGACUCCACCCGGGGGACGACCUGGCAGCCAUAACCAUGCUUUAUGAACAGUGCAAGAGCCAGAAGGAGCAAAAGGUUGCCACCUGCGGCCGAAACAGUAGCUUCUGCAAACCAACAGAGAGGACUCCAAGCAAUGACCUCAUCUCAUUGGAGACAUCCGCAAACGUCAUUAAGAUUCUCUCUGAAAGCGUUCCCACCAGCUACUCCCUGGAGGUAUUAGGAUCCAAGCAGAACCCCUCGCUGCCCGUCUCCCUGCCCCCCAACGCUGACACCUACGCCACCCUGACCAGCGUGGCAGCGGACAGUGACAAGCAGGAGCUCAACAUCAUCUUCGACUCUCUGCUCCAAAAGUGGCCUGAGAGCAGCGCCUUCCCCGACCCCAGCGCAGAGACUCUUACCUACAACAAUCCCUUCCCCGGAGACCACUCCAGUCCCGUCUACUCAGACUCCUACACUGGCUCCCCACCUGAGACUUAUAGGAACGAGUUCCAAUUUUCCCUGGGCGCUCCCUCAGCUUCCCCUUAUAAAUCCAGCGAGUUACCCAUGGUCUACCUGAACAAGGGGCAGUUCUACCCCAUCACUUUGCAGGGAGUGGACAGCAGUGCCUGCAUGACUGCUACCAAAGUUAAGACCGUCGUGAUGGCCGUGUUCGAGAAUGACAAGACGCCUGAAAUGCAGCUCCGCUUUUGGAACCACUGGCAUGGGCGCCAGCCCACUGUCAAGCAGAGGGUCAUCGACAUCGCGGACUACAAAGAAGUGUUUACCGGCAUUAGCAACAUUGAAGAGGUCGCCUUCAACGCUCUCUCCUUCAUUUGGAACCCCAACGAAGAAGCCAAGGUGUUUGUCGGCAUCAACUCGCUGAGCACCGAUUUCUCGUCGCAAAAAGGCGUGAAGGGCCUGCCUCUCAACCUGCAGAUCGACACGUAUGACUUCAGCUCUGGGAACAAUCAGCUCAUACACAGAGCCGCCUGCCAAGUCAAGAUUUUCUGCGAUAAGGGGGCAGAGAGGAAGAUGCGCGAUGAAGACAGGAAGAGGACCAAGAGGAGGGGCAAGACGGCCAAUGACGCCAAUGCCAAGUCUUUAGUGAGCAGUUCUAUGGGAAGCGACUGCACCUUCUUCCAGAUGGUGGAUGACCACAUAACCCAGCCGGUGCUCUUCAUCCCAGAGGCACAUCUGUCCAGUUUGCAGCGCAUGGCCACGCCUAUAAUAGACGAGAACGAAAGAACUCUGAAAAGGUUGUACUCAGACCGAGAGCAGAACAGCUCUCCACCCAGCAAACAAGUCCGGAGAGACGAUUCCCAGAGAGGUAAAACCACAAACUUUGUUGUUUGGGUGCUCAUCAAGCCAUCUGAGAACCUCAACGCUUACAGUUUUUAUUUGUUUUUCCUUCCAAAAGUUCUGCUGUACGUGAGGAGAGCUGCCGAAGAGGUUUUCGAUGCGCUCAUGCUCAACACGCCAACGGUGUCGGGCCUACGAGAAGCUAUUUCAGACAAGUAUGGCAUGCAAGAAGACACCAUUGGGAAAAUCUACAAGAAAUGCAAACGAGGGAUUUACGUCAACAUGGAUGACAUCAUCAUUGAACACUAUACCAACCAGUCAGCUUUCCUCAUCGAGAUGUCGGAGGCGGUCAGCGGUCAGUUCCAGGUCACUCUCAUCGAAGUAUGAUGACACCAUCACAGUUACGUCUCUAAAGCACUAUGCCAUCAGUACAAGAACAAAACAUGCCAACCAGCUGCGGACUGACCAAAACAACGAGACACAUGGGCUGACCUUUCAAUUUCAGACGUAAAUAUUUCCAUUUUGUAAAUAACGCUGUAUCCUCCCCCUUGUUCUUAUUUGUCAAAGCAAUUAUGAUGUUAUACUUGUACAUAUAAGUUUGUAAAUAGAUUUUGACAGUGUUUUAUAAACUACCAUUUUUGCAAUUCAAUGUAUUUCAGAAAAAUGUGGCGCUCUGUAGCAUGAAUUGCAGGGUGCCCCGGCAUAUAGCAUUAACAGGUUGCUAUGGUCGUUCUUUUUCGAUCUACUCGUCACCGAAGGUGCGUCGUUAUGUUUCUUUUAAUAUAUCACGCGAAAAGCCUACUGAUAACGUUUCUUACUGCCACCUUCUCAUAGGUUUCCUUGUAGUUUCACCGCUAAUUAACACAUUCACUGCCAUUGACGGCUUUAGAAGUCAAAUAUCCAUGUUAACUGGGAAGGCUGGGAGUGAAUGAGUUAAUUUACAAGCAAACGUCACACAUUUCCCUCCGUCAAACCGCACGCAGAGUUAGUAUUGGUUGUCAUUUAGCCCCGAAACUGUGGACAUUUCCUGUUUGGUUGUUGGAGACAGUAGGUCCGCCUUUGGACUUUCAUAGUAUGGAUGUGUGUGUGUGUGUGUGUGUGUGUGUGUGUGUGAGAGAGAGAGAGAGAGAGAGUGAAUUAGAGAGAGAGAGAUAUUUUAGUGCUUCCUCGUAUGUUACGCAUCAUUUCAAAGCGAACAUGUAUGUACCCCUGUAAGGUUUCAUCAUAUAUAAGCAAAAGGCCAAUGGUUGCAUUUGUCAUAUCU